ACACCAAUUGCAGCUUCGUCCAUCCUAAAGAUUACACAGAUGGCAGCCAAAAUGCUUCUCCUUGCGCUCCUUGCCAUGGCUUCCUCUCUUGCAAUGGCUUCUGAUCCUAGUCCUCUUCAAGACUUCUGUGUCGCAGAUAAGGACUCUAAAGUGCUGGUGAAUGGCUUCGUCUGCAAGGACCCCAAGGUGGUGAAAGCCGAAGACUUCUUCUUCAGGGGACUCGACAAAGCUGGCGACACAGUAAACAAGGUCGGCUCCAAUGUCACCGCCGUCAACGUGAACCAGCUCGUCGGACUCAACACCCUCGGCAUCUCCAUGGUUCGCAUCGACUACGCACCCAGAGGCCUCAACGCUCCCCACACUCACCCUCGUGCCACCGAGAUACUCACCGUCAUAGAAGGACAGCUCUUGGUCGGCUUCGUCACAUCCAACACCGACGACGGCAACCGUCUCUUCACCAAGAUGCUGAAGAAGGGUGAUGUGUUUGUGUUCCCUGAGGGACUCAUCCACUUCCAGUUCAACCCUGGGCACACCAAAACUAUCGCCAUCGGUGCUCUCAGUAGCCAAAACCCCGGCACGAUCACCAUCGCCAACGCUGUGUUCGGGUCGAAUCCGCCCAUCUCCGACGAUGUGCUGGCCAAGGCUUUCCAGGUGGACAAGAAGACCAUCGACUGGCUUCAGGCUAAGUUCUAGAUGGACAACAACAACUGAAGAAACACCACCUCUGCAUCUUCUUCACAUCCAUGUUAACAUUCCAAUAAGCAAACACUUGGCGAUCGAUCGAAGUCAGGCGUUUGCAUGUUAUUACUGUUUGUUUUCUCUGUAGUGAUCGAAAUAAUACUCAUGUUUCCCAACCCGAAAUAAAUAUGAUGUUAAGAGUCAA